AACCUAACAAACACAACCACAGCACUUUAUCGUCUGAAGUUUGAACCACUGGCACUUUAAUGUGAACUACAGUCUACGGCUCUGCUUCUUGCCACCGAGAGACACAGAGAGAGAGAGAGAGAGAGAGAGAUGGAAUGUUUGCUUCUCUGCAGUUCGACCCCUUCAAUUCUUCCGUUUCGAAAAGCCGUAACAUUUCCCAACGGUCACCAUUUUCCCUCCAAUUUUAGAAACCCAGAAUUGUUUUCCUCUUCUCUUUCAAGUCUGAAUUAUACAAAUUGCAGAGAGAGAAUCGGGGUGGACGCUCCUCUUUCCAGUACUUCGGCUUAUGUCGUCCUCGGCGUUGAGCCUGACUGUUCUGCCGCCGAGCUCAAAGCCGCUUUCCGAGCUAAAGUGAAGCAAUUCCAUCCUGACGUGAACAGAGAUGGGCCAGAUUCUGAUACAAUGAUUCGCCGAGUCAUCCAGGCAUAUGAGAUAAUAUGUGUGCAGAUGUUAUCAAACUACAGUCGAUCAGAGAUCAUCGAGAGGGAAUGUUUAGAUCCCUUCGAAAAUCCAGAAUGUGAAGCAUUUGAUCUCUUUGUUAAUGAGGUUCUCUGUCUUGGCAAAGGCUGUCCAUAUUCUUGUGUAAAAGGGGCCCCUCAUGCCUUCACAUAUGCUUCCACCGGAACUGCUAGGGUAUCUUCACAAGGACAUGAUGAUGAUUACCAAGUUCAGAUGGCGGUGGGUCAGUGCCCAAGAAGUUGUAUUUAUUACGUUACACCUUCGCAGAGAAUUAUCUUAGAGGAGCUACUGGACAGUAUCUUGAACAAGCCUUAUGAUACAUCAGCCGAGGCAGAAUUGCUUUAUUCUCUUAUGGCAAAAGCCAAGUUUGAGAACAAUCGAUACCAAAAGCCAAAGAAGCAACCCAAAACUUCAACCAAACAUGUUGAUUGGUUUUGACAUUUGGACUACGGGUUUGUAUGUGGCUUUGAUUUUUAUUACCAAAUUCACCAAACAGCACUCUGCUUAUAGGAGAAAAGGGAAGCCGAUACUGCUUUCAGAUGUUAGUAGGAGUCUUGUUGUCAAGUGCAUGUACAUAAGAAAAGCCAAGGGACAAAAUAUAUUUUUGUUUGUGUAAUGAAGUCAUAACACCAUAUUUUUGAAGGAAAUGUUUGUAAAUAUUGUAAGUUUCUGUU